GGAUAUGUUGUUUCCUUCUAAUUCCUAACUAUAAAGAUAAUUGUUUUCUAGAAUUGCUUGCUUAUAUGAUUUAUAUUUUUACUCCUUCAUAGGAGCUUCCCCAUUUUGCUCCGUUGAUGACUUAAAUCCGCAACUUUAGAGUCGGAGGUGGAGUGUGCUUACUAUUUGAGCAAUCCUCUCUUAUUGAUUAUAUGAUUAUUUAAUCCUUAGAAAUAAUGUAAUAAUUUUUUUAUUAUUUUGUAAUAGAAAUGUCACUAGCUCAACUAUUAAAAAUGGUGUAACAAAAGCUUUUUUUUUUUUUUUUUAAAUAGAAAAGUCAGUUUAGUAUUCUUUUGACGUGAGACACCUUUGAUCUCCACUCACAAUUGGAACUCAUGUUGUAGUCCACAUAUACUCUCCUCCAAACAGGAGUCAUGCUUUUCUUUUUCUCCCCACAAUCUCUCUAUCACACAGGGAUUGUCAUCACACUGUCCCUCCCAUUGGAUUUUCCAUUUUUUGUAUUCUUUGUGUCAACACUCAACAAUUUUUGAGAUCUCGAAAAUGAAGCUAGAGCUUCAACCCAUCCUAAAAUUCUAAAAUUACUCAACUCUCCAUGUAAUGAACUUAGCGGUAUUGAAAAAUUCCUGCAAAUAAAAAACUAGAACUUCAAUUGAAAUUAAUAUUUUGUUUUUGCUCCUAUAUUCAGUAGCGUAGCCACAUGAAGUGGAGGGUGGUCAGUUGAACACUCUUCAUAUAUUUUUUUUUUAUUUCAGUGUAUAUAGAUCAAAGAUUACUUUUCAUACAUAUAUGUUAAACCUUGAACUUCCCAGUAAAAUUUCGAAAUCCUUGGAGAAUGGAGAUAUUCCGACUCUCCUCUCUAAUUUUGCUCCUAAGUCUAGGUUAUUAGAGGAUAUCAAACUAAUUUCCAAUGUAUUAGAGUAGUUCUUUAUCAUGCCAAAGCUGUGGAUUCUUGAACAGAAAUCAAAUCAGUUAGUUGAAUACUGUAGUAUUUGUUUAUAUUAGUUCUCAAACUUGUGAUCUCUAUGAAACUAAUAUUACUUUCUCGUGAUCUUGAAGUACAUUUGUUUUGUAGAAUAUAGUUUAUUUGCAAAAUAAUAACUCUAUGGUUAACCAAAUUAUUUCACCCAAUUCGAACCUGUUUCAAACGCUCUUUGAAACUUAAAAUAUAUUUACCUUCUUUAAUAGCUCAUCUAAAAACUGUUUGACAGAAAAUACAUUCCACCAAGCAAAAUAGUUAAAUGGAAAGUGUUCUCAUGCUUUUCUUGCCUUCUUUUAGGGUUGCAUCCAUAAGUCCAUAAGAAGGUUCAAAAGUUGGGAUUAAUUUUAUCUUAUCUCUUCAUCAAUAUUGAAUUCUUUCAUUUGUUGCUACCUUCAUCUAUCUGCCCCUUUUUUUCAGUACUAGAACAUAAAGUUUAUAGAGAAAAUUAGAUGGGGAGGCCUCCUUGUUGCAAUGAUAAGGUGCUAAAUAAAAGAUGUAAUUGGAUGGAAGAGGAUGCAAACACAUCUACAUUUGUCUCCAAGCAUGGAAUUGGUAAUUGGGCAACCAUGUCCAAGAAAUCAGGAAACGGGAGAUGUGGGAGGAAUCAGAAGCAUAGGUGGAACAAUCGUCUGAAACCUGAUCUUAAGCAGGACAGCUUCACAACCCAAGAAGAGGAACUCAUCAUUAAGCUUCAUGCCACUAUAGGAAGCAGGUGGUCCAUAAUAGCACAACAACUUGCUGGGAGAACAGACAACGAUGUGAAGAACUUAUGGAACACUAAGCUGAAAAAGAAGCUCUCUGCAAUGGGGAUCGAUCCAGUCACUCACAAGCCCUUCUCCCAAAUUCUCACUGACUAUGGAAACAUCGGUGGCUUUCCGAAAGCCAGAACUCGUUUCGUGUCUCUUAACAGAGAGCUAAAGGGUGCAUUUAUGUCUAGACCAGAACAACUUCAACAUUCUUUAGAAAAUUUUCAAAACUUCAACAGCCAUUGUGUGACAACAAUUAAGCUACCAAAAACUGAAACUUCAGAAGAACGUUUCUUUAACAACAAUCAGGCUUCUGUUGAUCUGCUUUCCGAGUUUGAAGCCAUAAAAUUUGUAACAGAGUCCUCAAAUUAUAAUUCCCAAAAGGCAAUUUUCUCCAAUUCCAACCCCAUAAUUGACUGCUCUUCUUCGCCAUUGUCAUCGUCGUCAUCAUCAUCUGGAUCUCAAUCUUUAACUAAAAAUCAAGUCAGCUGGUGUGACUAUCUUAUUGAUGAUGCGUUUCUUCCAUCAAAUUUCAAAGAUCAAGAAGAUACAUUAACCACAAAAGAAAAGCUAGUGUGUUCGGGAGCUCAAGAUGGGCCAAACAACAUGUCAUCGAUGAAGGAUUUUGAUACCUCGUUACCUACAAAGGGUUCAUCAUCAUCAUCAUCGUCAUCAUUUGUUGAAGCCAUGCUAGAAUGUGAAAAUGAAAUGUUCUUGAACUUCCCUGGCCUCUCUGAGGAUCCCUUUUACUAGUGACUACGCACUAAUUGAUGAACAAGGAAUAGACUUUAGCAGCAAGCAUAGUACUGCAGAUUACAAUUCAGUACAUUGUUUAGUGUCCUAAUUAAUAGCCAAGUUACUGUAAUUUCUCCCAUAGAUCUUCCAAAAUGAAAAAGAUCUAAAAAUAAUAUGAAUAGUGUUAUAUCUACUUUUUACUAUCAAUUUGGGAGUUGGGACUGGUCCAAGCUUUUGCUGUGAUACAUAGUUAAAUUAUGCCAGUCUAACAAGUGAAUAAGAAAUGCAUCAAGUUGUUCAA